AUGUCUUCAUCGCGAGCGCCGCCUGCGCCAACCCCGACAACACUCCUCAACCAAAAAAGGGCAUCACCGACCCUUAUAGAACCAGACUCUCUCAUCACUCCACCAGCGUUGAUAUCAAAAUCCAUCGCAUCUCGCUACUCGCAGAUUCACAACCAGGAAAACACAAGUAUACGGACGGCCGGUGCCCGUUUGCAGAUCCAGGUCGACUUUAACCGCGGAUUAUGGAAUUUCUGCCUGUCAAACAAGCAAGUCGUAGGCAACUGUUGGAUGCCGGGAGCUUGUUUCGAUCAAGACAAGUGUAAAGAUGGGUGUGGCUUUCUGGAUAGGAAGGAUUUGAGCACUGCGCUGUGUUCAAGUCAAGACUCCUCCGGGAACACCAUUCGAGCUUCCAUCUGCGUAAACGCCUAUCUCACGCUCGACAACGGGCUCGGUCCCUUCCAGAGAAUUGAUUGCGGCUGGACCACCGGCAUAAGUCAUUACACGGCUUCGCAGGCCGAUGCCAUUCGCAAUCCUGCCGUGACCACCACUACGUCCUCUUCCUCCUUCUCGUCGGGUUCCUCGCCAUCAACUCCCCCCACCCCAUCUCAGACGAGCGGCAACGGUGGAGGCAAUAACAACUCGGCCAACAUCGGCGCCAUAGUAGGCGGCAUCAUUGGUGGUUUAGCCAUCAUUUGCGCCUUCGGCUUCGCCGCCUACCUCGUCUGGGCCUACCGAGUCCGAGAUCGACGACGGAAACAAGCUGCGCACAAUGUCUCCGAACCCCUGAACGGUAACGGCAAUGGCAACGACGGCAGCGAUCAAUCUUCUUCUUCUUCGUCUUCUUCGGAAGACGACGAUACCCCCAGCAUGACUACAAACCUACCUCUUAGGGCGAACCUACCUCUAAGCCAUAGUCCAGACACCGGUGGCCAACCGUACUACCGGCCUCCUGAAGUGGCGCAACACGUGAGAGACGCGGAAGGCGGUGGUGGUGGUUGGGGACCGAGAGAGAUGGAAAGCGGAUUCGAAAGAGGCGGUUACGCACACGAGCAGCAGGGACUACAUAGCGACGGGUCGCAUGAGGUGUUGUCGGUCGAGAAGGUGGUGGAGAUGCCGGUGAAGAUUGAGCCGGUGGAGAUGAGUAGUGGGUGGGAGGAUCAGCCUCCUGGGAUCCGGAGAUAUCAAAAUGGGAGGGAAGGAGGAGGGGGUUAUGGGCAUGAGAUGAGUUAA